AUGUUCAAAGUGUCAACUAAUAAGGAGAAAAGAAAAUUGAAAAAACUGAGAAAGAAUAUCAAUGAGGUGAUGUUACUUUCUGGUAAUGAUCCUACAGCAGUGGAUCUAACAUCACUGACGUUCAGUGGGGACUCAUUUGAUGAUAAGGAAAUUUCUUUGAAACUUCAUGAAAAACUACGGACCAUGCGACGUUUGAAAGAUCCGCCAAAAAUCAAUCUUAAUUUAAAUAGGCUAAACGGUAUGAGGCUUGGAAGUCGAAAUAUCGCCGAAUUAGUGCAUUACGUAUCAUUUCACAAUAUUGACAAACCUCUUUGGAUAUCAUUAAUACCGAAUCGUGGAAUAUUACAAGCAGUCGUUUUUCGAAUCGAGUGUAAUCUUGAAACAGUAGAAUGUAAUAAGAAAGGUACAUAUAUCGAUCAACUCUUCGGCUCAAAAUUUUUUAUCAGAAUGCAGACGGAAGUUUGGAACAGUAUGGGGUUUUGGACGGGCAUGCUUAAUAUUCCGUUUUCAAAGUUUGAACGUUUAAAGAGAAUUGUCGACCAUGCUAAUGUUCUAGAAGAAUAUAUUAAAUGUGAUGUGAAAGGUGCAAUAUUGGUUACUUUGCGACAAAUGGUAGAUUUUUGUUAUCCUUUUCCCAAAACAAAUUUCGAGGUCUUGACACCUGUUAUACCAAUAAAAGAGAAAUAUGGUGCAGUGAAGGCUGAUUCUCCGUUCUUUGCAGUUGAUUGUGAAAUGUGUACCACAGAAACCGGUGAAAGUGAAUUAACCAGGAUAUCGAUUGUCAACGAGUGUUACGAAGUUUUGUUGGACACACUUGUGAAACCACGAAAUAGGAUAGUUGAUUAUGUUACGAAGUACAGUGGUAUUACUGAGGAAAUGCUUGAAAAUGUAAAUGUGCGAGUUGAGGAUGUGCAAAAAGCUUUAUCACACAUUUUGCCUAAUGAUGCAAUUUUGGUUGGGCAUACUCUUGAAUGUGAUUUCAAUGCAAUGCGUAUCACACAUCCAUAUUGUGUCGAUAUCUCUCUUUGUUUAAAUUUAUCUGGUAAAGAGCGGCAGCGAUCAUCUCUAAAGACAUUGGCGAGAAUAUUUUUGGAUGAAGAAAUUCAAAGAGAGAAUGGACACUGUUCUGUCGACGAUGCUGUUAUUGCUAUGCGAUUACUGAAAUACAAACUCUCUCACGGAGUUCAUUUUGGAAAUGUUUCUUUGGGAUGGAGUUUUGAUGAUUGGGCUCGCGAAAAUGGCUUAACCAGCUCUGGAGCGCGCAUUGGAAAAAGCAAAAAUUUGUGUUCGGAAGCUGAUGCUAGUCAAGAACCACAACGGAAAAAACGAUGCGUGGAUAAAAAUAUAAUACGGACCUGUAGCAGAUGUGGUAGGGCAUUAUCUGUUGCUUGCAUUGUACCUUAUUGUGCGUGCAAGAAAAAUGUCGUAAAAUAUUGCGUAAUAUGUUGUUUAAAUUCUGUAUCGCCUCAAACAUCAAGCGAAGAACCAACUUUGAAUUGGAGUGAUGCAUUCCAAACUUCUGCUGGUGGAUGUGUACCUAUUUUGCAUUUCUUACAACUUGGCAAACCCAAAAGUGCUUUUUAUGCCAUCCCUGAGGGCAUCAAGGAUAACGCAAAUAAUGAACACGAGAUUUAUAUUAACACGAAUGAUUACGAUUCACUGGACGAUUUGGUGAAGCGUGUUAGUGAAGAAAUGAUUUCACAUAAUAUUGUCAUGGUAGAUAUUGAUACGCGAAGAUUGAAAAUGAAAGUAGAUGCGAAACCUAUCGUAGCUAUUGAUAAUGCUCUUCGAGAAAUGAUCUCAUACGCUUCUUGGAAUUCUUUAAUUAUUGUUAUUUUCUCAUCUUCACAAGAAUCAGUAUGCUACAUAACUGUGAAAACCCAAAAUCAUCGGGAUCUUUUGACAGAUAUUGAGUGA